AUGCGCACUGUAACAACAACAAGACGAAGACGAACAAGACCUGUUCGACGCGUAAGAACUAGUGGCGGAAGUUGUAAUGUACCUCAGGAUAUACAAAAUGGACAUGUAUCGCUAGCUAAUAUAGCAACAGCAUUUUUAAGUGAACGAAAAUCAUCAUCACGUCGUCAAAAUAGUAUUCGAAGAAAAACACGUUUGACAGUUAAAGGACAACAAAUAUCAAAUGUAAGACGACAAUCAAGUUAUCCAACUGUAACAGAUGAAAUAAAAGAUCAAAGAUUAUCAUCAGACAAUAUGGAUGUUGGCAUUAGUACACUGUUUGUACCUACUAGUGCAAUAACUAAUGGUGAUAAUAAGCAUCAAUCUAAAAUGAAAUUUAUUGUUGCAAUAUAA